AUGGCAGGAGCAGAGCUUGCAAACGGCGUGCACGAGGGCGCCCUGGCUUUGGAGGAAGGCAGAGGAGGAGACGAAGCAAGGUGUGAGAGCUCGGAGCAGGACGGAGCCGCCGGUCGCCGCCCCAUGUUUUCCGUGCCGUUCGUGCAGAAGAUCCUGGCGGAGAUCUUCGGGACCUACUUCCUCAUCUUCGCGGGGUGCGCGGCGGUGGCGGUGAACCUGCGGACGGGCGGCACGGUGACGUUUCCGGGCAUCUGCAUCGUGUGGGGGCUCGCCGUCAUGGUGAUGGUGUACUCCGUGGGCCACAUCUCCGGCGCGCACCUGAACCCGGCCGUCUCCGUCGCGUUCGCUACCUGCGGCCGGUUCCCCUGGAAGCAGGUCCCCGCGUACGCGGCGGCGCAGGUCAUGGGGGCGACGGCGGCCAGCCUGACGCUGCGGCUGCUGUUCGGGAACGCGCGGGAGCACUUCUUCGGCACCGUGCCGGCAGGCUCCGACGUGCAGUCGCUGGUGAUCGAGUUCAUCAUCUCCUUCAACCUCAUGUUCGUCGUCUCCGGCGUCGCCACGGACAACAGAGCCAUUGGCGAACUCGCUGGCCUCGCUGUCGGAGCUACCGUCCUGCUAAACGUGCUCUUUGCCGGGCCUGUAUCAGGAGCGUCCAUGAACCCGGCGAGGACCCUGGGCCCGGCGAUCGUCGUCGGCCGCUACGCCGGCAUCUGGGUGUACUUCGCCGGGCCCAUAUGCGGGACGGUGGCCGGUGCGUGGGCCUACAACCUCAUACGCUUCACCGACAAGCCGCUGCGGGAGAUCACCCAGACCUCCUCCUUCUUGAGAAGUGUGAGGAGGAACUGA